AUGAGUGGAACUAUUGAGCACCAUGAGUCAGUUGAUGUCAUUCAGUCAUGGAGGCACUUCAGUCUUAAACCUGGAUCAUCUGUCACCAUCCCAUGUCGUUAUAAUAGGGAAUAUAUACGACAUAAGAAAUACUGGUGCUCUGGUUAUUAUUUCAGUUCCUGCACAAUUCAGGCAUAUGCCAGUUAUACAAAGGGGAGAGUGACAGUGACUGAUAACCCAGCUGAGAGUUUCUUUACUGUGACUCUGGAUAAUCUCCAGACAAAAGACACUGGAUGGUACUGGUGUGGUGUAGAGAUAGCUGGAUCAGAUGUUAGAGAAGCCCUUCAUAUCACAGUGAAAUCAGAUCCUGAUCUGUCAGUGAGGGAGAGCAGAGUGAGAGGUGAGGAAGGAGGCAGCGUCACAGUCCAGUGUCUCUACAGCACUGCGUAUCAGAAUACACAGAAGCAGUGGUGCAGAUUCAAAGAUGGACAGUGCAACACAGUGGGGACUAAAACAUCCCAGAAUUCAGCAGUGCAGUUCAGUGAUAAUAAGAAUAGAUCCUUCAAUGUGCAGCUUAAUGGAGUGAAGAAGAGUGAUGCUGGCUGGUACUGGUGCAGUGCAGGAGAUCUGCAGGUUCCUGUUCACAUCAAUGUCACUGAUCCACCUCCAGAAAUCACACUGAUUAUUUUUCUUUGUUUUGACAACAGUGACUCCAACAGUGACUCCAACAGUGACUACAACAGUGACUACAACAGUGACUACAACAGUGACUCCAACAGUGACUACAACAGUGACUCCAACAGUGACUACAACAGUGACUACAACAGUGACUACAACAGUGACUACAACCACUAA